AUGAUCAUCUUCCAUCUCAGUGCUGCAGGGUUUGGUGCUGCAGGGUUUGGUGCUUUCCAGCACAAGGAUGCAAAAGGGAAGUGCAAGAGAGCAUCUGUGUUUGUUUUUGUUAUGACAGCAGUUGCUUUCACUUCUACAAUGACUCAAAAUACCUCUGAGAUCACUUGUGGGUUUAUCAGCCAGAAGGAUGAAGGUUCAGAAGCACCAGAGACAUCACUAGCUCCUAAGGUUCCUAAUAUUUUGGAAGAUCUUGGGUGUUACUUGAAUUCUCAAGGAACAGAAAACAUCUACCAAACAAUAAAAGAUGUGGAAGUCAAUGUUUUUGAAGAUAUUGAAUUAAUAAUAACAAUGAGAAUUUCAAAUAUAACUUCAUGCUUUUGGUUCUUUAAAAAGAGCAAAGCCUGUAAACUUUCUUUUGACUCAGAGAACAGAUAUAUUACAUCUUUGGCUUUUUCUCAAAUAAAAGAAGGACAAGCUGGAAAAUACACCCUCUUGGUCACAAGUAAAACUGGCAAUUACACAGUAGUUGUGCCUGUUCUCAUCCGGAAAAAACCAGCCAGACCCUAUUUCAGGAAAAGGGAAAAUUCAGAUUCUAUCAAGUGCGUAUCUGAGAGCUACCCCCAGCCCUCUGUGGAAUGGAUGUUCUGCCAAACACCUGAAGAGAGUUGCCCUUAUAAAAGGCAUGAAGAAACUGGAGAAAUAGAUGGCAUCCAGAUGGUGCAACAUGAAUUAUUUCAAACUUACAUAUGGUGCUGUGCAGUUAAUGUCCUGGGCAGAGAAUGCACCAGCCUUUUUACAAUAGAUUUAAAUAAAAGACAAGCAUCACCUUUACCUGAACUACUACUUAAGGCUGGGGAACCAUUGCUGAUCAGAUGCAGAGCUGUUCACCAUAAUUAUAAAUUCAGAAUACAACUAUCUUUUGAAAACAGAGAAGUUGAGCAGGGUUACUACUUUGAAGGAUUAGAAUAUCAAGCAAACUUGUCAGCAAUUCGGAUCCAGCAUGUGUUUGUUUCAGCAGCAGAAAGAAAUUACAGUGGACACUACACAUGCUCUUCUACUGCUCAUCUGAACCAAACUGCUCUGAUCACAGUUCUAGAAAAGGGAUUUAUAAAUAUAACUGACUCUAAAGAAGAUUUUGAAAUCGGUGAGGAAGAGUUUUGCUUUGAAGUUAACUUUAGAGCAUAUCCUCCAGUUAGAUGCAUGUGGCUAUAUUCCAAUAAAACAUUUCCAUGUAUACAAAGUUACAGUGUGGAUGGACACAGCAUUUCAUCGAAGUUCUGCAACCAUCAGCACCAGUCUGGGAUAUAUGUAUUUUAUGCUGAAAAUGAUGAUACAGUUGUAACUAAAAAAUUCACUCUGUAUGUGAGAAGAAAGCCCAAAAUAAGGAUGCAGCUGUUGUUCAAGCAGAUCUCCUGUGUUGCUGAAGGUUACCCUGCCUCAUCCUGGGUUUGGAGGAACUGCCUUGAACUGAACUCAUCCAACUGCACAGAGGAAAUCACAGAGGGGAUUCAGAACUUCUUGCCAGAGAGGAGAUCCCUGGGGUCAUGGAUUUCAAGCAGUACUUUAUAUUUAAAGGAGACAGCAACAACCUUCUCAGUGGAGUGCUGUGCAAAAAAUUCAGCUGGUUCAGCCUGUGAAAAGAGUUUCAUUAACCUGUCAGUUGCAGGAGCUGUUUCUUCACCUCUGGACAAUGCUGCAUUCUAUGUCUCCGUUGGAUUUUUUCUCCUCUUGAUUGCUUUUUUGUUUGUAUUAAUUUUUCUUAAAUACAAAAAGCAAUUCAAAUAUGAAAGCCAGUGGCAAAUGAUACAGAUGAUAGGGCCAUCAGAUAAUGAAUACAUCUACGUCGACUUCAGAGAAUUUGAAUAUGAUAUAAAUUGGGAAUUUCCCAGGGAAAAUCUGGAAUUUGGACAGGUCCUUGGUUCUGGGGCCUUUGGGAAAGUAGUGACUGCCACAGCUUAUGGAAUUAACAAUGCAGGAGAUUCAGUCCAGGUGGCAGUCAAAAUGCUAAAAGAAAAACCUGAUGCUUCAGAAAAAGAUGCUCUAAUGUCUGAGCUGAAAAUGAUGACUCACAUUGGAAGCCAUGAAAAUAUUGUGAACCUGCUAGGAGCUUGUACUCUGUCAGGACCAAUCUACUUGAUAUUUGAAUACUGUUGCUACGGUGACCUUCUGAACUACUUGAGGAGCAAGAGAGAAAAGUUUCACUGGACACUGACAGAUAUUUUUAAACAACAAAACUUCAGCUUUUACCACAAUAUCCAUCAGGACCAAAACUCCAGGACAGGGACUCACCUGAAGUACAGUGUGAACACAGCUCUGUGCAGAGGGGAUGAAUUUGAAACCAUGCAAAGUCAAAACAUAAAUGUGACACUGGAAUCAAAUGGAAUUGUGCUGUUUUCUGAGGAAGAUAAAAUUAAGGAUGCAGGUACACAGAUGGAUGAAGAAGAGGAUUUUAAUGUGCUCACUUUUGAAGAUCUUCUUUGCUUCUCUUAUCAAGUUGCCAAAGGAAUGGAAUUUCUUGAGUCCAAAUCGUGCAUUCACAGAGACCUCGCUGCCCGGAACAUACUGGUGACCCAUGGGAAAGUGGUGAAAAUAUGUGACUUUGGUCUUGCCAGAGAUGUAAUGAACGACUCCAACUACAUUGUCAGGGGCAAUGCUCGACUGCCAGUCAAAUGGAUGGCCCCCGAAAGCUUGUUCGAGAGGACGUACACCAUGAAGAGUGAUGUCUGGUCCUAUGGAAUACUGCUCUGGGAAAUAUUCUCCUUGGGUGUAAACCCUUACCCUGGUAUUCAGGUUGACACAAAUUUCUACAAAUUAAUACAAAGUGGAUUUAAAAUGGACCAACCGUAUUAUGCUACAAAAGAUGUCUAUUGCAUGAUGCAGUCCUGUUGGGCUCUUGACUCCAGGAAAAGACCCUCUUUUUCUUACCUGGUCUCCUCUCUGGCCUGUCAGCUGGCUGAGGCAGAAGGAGCAAUUUACCAUAAUUCAAAGGAAAACCUUGCUGCACACCAUUCUAGCAUCAAAACUAAACCUCAUGUAAGCAGGGAUGAGGAAUCUUUGCUGUCCCCAGUUGUGCUCCAUCAUGAAGACCCUCAAGUUGAAAAAUAA